AAAACAAGCUGAUGGUGAUAUGAUGGUGGCCUAGAGAGAGAGAAAAGAGGAGGACCUAAAAAAAAAAGGUGCGACGUGAGAAAAAAAACGGGAGAGCGAAAGGUGCCGUUUCGUCCGCGCGCGUUGCGUGUGUGUAUGUGUUCAUCUUUUUCCUUUCUUAACGGCGUAACCUGUGCGUAUAAUACUUGUCAGUAAUACAUAUUUAUCAAGUCAAAGAGGUGCAGUCUCAGGUGGCCCUCAGACCGCGGGCGAAAACACGAGCAUCGUCGUUGUAGCAGCAGUUCCAGUAAUAACCCUGUAUAUACAUCACGUACACACACAUUUCUCGUGCGUGCGUGCAGCAGUGCGUUGCGUGUCCGAUACUUGGGCAGCUCUCCCCUCGCCCUACCUUGCCCCCUGUUCUCGUCGCGCUGUAAUAGUUUGGCUCUCUCUCUCUGCGAGUGCGAGACGAAAGGGAGCACCGAGAAAGAUAUAUACUUAGCCAAGGAGAGCCUUGGCCCCUUGUGGCGCGCGAGCUGCGCUAAGUAUACGGCUAGAGCGGAGCCGUCUAGGAGGAGAAGAAACGAGCCUCUGCAUGUAGAGCCCGCGGGCGAUCCGGAGCUCCAGGCGGUGUGUGUGUGGUGUGUUAGUUCUCCUUUUCCGUCCAAAGUCCGAGGAGGAAGAAGGGAGAAGCCGCGCAACAAAUUGCAAGAACAAGAAGAGCAGCAGCCCAAAGAAGAAUUGAGCCAAGAGAUGGUCCAGCUGCAGGCAGGCCGUCCAGUCUGCAUUGGUUAGCUCCGUCUAACCCUAGCUCACCCAGGAGAGGGUUUUGCACAAUAAACACGCGAGAAGAUACGUGUAGGCUCAGUGUGUUGUAGCGAGGAAUACCAUUGUCGUCGGUCGUCGUCUGCGCGCGCGCGUGUGUGUGCGUGUGAGAUGCAGUGUGUCUGUGCUAUGCGUGUGUGGACUGUGGUGCGUUGCCUAUUUGGUAUUGCCGUUUAUGUUACAUUAUCCACAGCAUAGCACAUCACCGUAUUGGCAGAGCAGUAUAGCGGCGAUAGGCCGUAGGGCUAGGAAAAAAAAAAAUAAAAAAAAAUAAAACACGAGUCGACCCUCGUCAUCGGGAGGAGCCUCUUCUUCGAGUGAGUUGCCCACCCUCUCCCCCUCCCCUUUUGCCUGGAGCUAAGAAGGAGAAAGUGGAAGACAAGCAAUCCGCUGGAGACCACCAAAAAAACCACGACGACGAGGACGAGAGCUGUGGUUGCUGCCAAGACGGCCAAGACGACGACGACGACGAGUGGCACAAUGGAGCUGCGCGUCGGCAACAAGUUCCGGCUUGGCCGCAAAAUCGGCAGCGGCUCCUUCGGCGACAUAUAUCUUGGCACAAACAUCUCCACCGGGGAAGAGGUCGCUAUCAAAUUGGAAUGCAUCAAAACGAGGCAUCCACAGCUCCAUAUAGAAUCCAAAUUUUACAGAAUGAUGCAAGGUGGAGUUGGAAUACCCACCAUAAAGUGGUGUGGAUCAGAGGGUGACUACAAUGUCAUGGUGAUGGAGCUCCUGGGUCCCUCGUUGGAAGAUCUCUUUAACUUUUGUUCUCGACGCUUCUCGUUAAAGACUGUUCUACUGCUUGCCGAUCAGCUGAUCAGUAGAACGGAUUACAUACACAGUCGUAGUUUUAUCCAUCGAGAUAUCAAACCGGAUAAUUUUCUGAUGGGGCUGGGAAAAAAAGGCAAUCUUGUGUACAUUAUAGACUUUGGACUGGCGAAAAAGUAUCGUGAUGUGCGAACCAAUACGCACAUACCCUACCGGGAAAACAAAAAUCUAACUGGCACAGCCAGAUACGCAAGCGUAAACACACAUCUAGGAGUGGAACAGUCGCGAAGAGACGAUCUCGAGUCGUUGGGCUACGUGCUCAUGUACUUUAACAGAGGCAGUCUUCCCUGGCAGGGGCUCAAGGCUGCCACAAAGAGACAAAAGUACGAGCGCAUCUCGGAAAAGAAAAUGUCCACGCCGACCGAGGAGCUGUGCAAAGGCUAUCCAGGCGAAUUCGCAAAGUACCUGAGAUACUGCAAGGAGUUGCGAUUCGAGGAAAAGCCCGACUACUCGUACCUACGUCAACUGUUCCGUACCCUGUUCCACAGUCAAGGCUUCACGUACGACUACGUGUUCGACUGGAACAUGCUUAAGUUUGGCAACGCGAGGCAGCCAGCCGCGUUGCCCCUUGCCCAGCAGCAACAGCAACACUCGGCAGCGGCGGCAGCUGCAGCGGCCGCAGCAGCAGCAGCGCAUUCACAACAGGUGCCGAACAACUCCGCGGGCCUCGUCAACAACGAGCAGGAGCACCGAUCGAGGCCGUACACACGCCAGUGCCUAGCGAACGCGUCGUCAGGAGUCAUCGGUGGAGUUGGCGCGGGUCUCGUCGGGACCUCGGGCCGUAGUCGGCAGCAGCAGCACCAGCAGAACAAGUACAGCGGCGUAGUGGACGGCGUUUUGGACGUGGCGCGAGGAAACGCCGAGCAAAUCGUCGGUGACUCCACGGCGCCCGACAAAAGCGAGCUCCAAGGUAAACUUGCUUCGCAAACAAGCCUCACUACAACUCACACUACUACAGCUCCGAACGCAGUGGCGUACAGGUCAUCACCGGUCACUCCGAUGAAGCAGCAGCAGCAGCAGUUACCACCUGCACCCACUUCCUCGCAGACUCCGAAACACAAUAAUAGUCACAGUAAUAAUAAUGAUAAUAAUAAAAAUAAUAACAAUAAUAGCCUUCGUUGCGCCACCGCCGUCGCCACCAACGCUGGUAUGGGCAAGCCACCCCUUACGGGAGCACCCUGUCACUUUAGCACUUUCAAGUCGUCCAACCUUGCCGGUGGCGGCGGUGGUGGUGUCGUUCUCGUAAGCCGCUCUACGGCUACCCCGUGCGGCCUUCUCGAGCAACAAGCAAACUCACUCGACCUCGCGAGCCUUAGUCUGGGACGUCAGCGCGACGAGUACAACUACUCGACGAGCCCUAGACCCGAGCAACAGCAGCAGCAGCAGCAACAACAACAACAACAACAACAACAGUCGCAACAGUCGCCCCGUUCCUUCCAACAGCAACAGCAGCGCGUACAUGAGCACACCGAUCCUGAGCAGCGCCAACAUGACAAGCAGACGUAUUUUUUUCAUGGGCAUAAAACUGAGAAAGAGCUAGACCUCGAGCACAACUAUCAUCAUCAUCAGCAUCACCAACAACAACAACAACAGCAACAGCAACAGCAACAGCAGCACAACUCCAUGAACUGUUUCGGGAGUGUCGAGCGCAGGCAGCACCAGCAGCAGAACCAACGACCGUUGUCGGGCAACGUCGAGUUCACGGAGAAGGAGGGCGAGAUCUUUCGCAAGAGCAGCAACGACCUUCUCCAGGAGCAGGCGAGCUCGUCCUCGGUCCUGCGCAGGCGCAACCUGUCGUCCUUCCGUUCUCGGGAGAAAGCCCACAAGUACAAUUACAAGAGCCUCGAGUCGCUGGACCGAGCCUGGGCCUCGCCCGUCGUCCCCGGGGAGGCUCGCAGUCUCGAUCUGUUGCCGGACGAGCGUUGCGAGUCGGCGCUCGCGACACCGAUCAAGCACAGGAAACAGAAGAGCCUCGACUCAACGGGCAAACAGAGCCCGGCCAGGCCCAGCAUUCUCCAGAGGAUCGGUCGUAGUUUUCAUUUUUUAGCCAAGCCGCCGCGCGAGCGGACCGCGCGAGAGCUAGUCGCCACUAGCGCUAAGCCGGAGUCGAGCCCUGGCGACAGCAACAGCGCCACCCCGCCGCUCGCAGGCGUUCAAAACAACGGGGAGGAUUUUUUUGGCCGAGCCUCGCCGCGAACUGACGGCGAGCCUGACCCCGGCGACGAUUCCCAGACGACCUGUCUGGAGGACCAGGAGCACCGACAUCAGCAACAGGCGAGCCUGCUCGGCAGCAAUAGCGCCAACAAGGACAGUCUGGAGAUCGGCUACUCGAUCAGCCAGCUGGGCAGGCUGUGCAAGCAGCACCAGGUGGAUAAGUGCGAGCACAACGGCGAGCAGAGCUGGGAUCGGUGCUUAGGCUGGAUUAAAAAGGUGGAUCUGGACUCGAUCAGCGACUCGUCGCUGGGGCACUCGAAGCCUCAGGGCAAGCUGGACAUACUCAAGGGCAUACUGUUCGACAUAUUUGUCUGCAUCUGCGUCUGAGAUGCUGCUACUGCUGCUCGCGGUCACUACUGUCACCUGAGUCCGAGACUCUUGACAGAGAUCUCUCUUUUCUUUUUUGUUUUGUUCCCUCUUGGGAUUGAUGUAACUACUAUUACUAUAAUUAUCACCAUUGUAACGUGUUUUUGUUUUUCCUGUACGUGAUGUUCCCUCGACUAAGGCUAUUGUUGGUUUAAAAAAAAAAAGAAGAAGAGAAAAACAGUUCAUGCAUAUUACGAUUAAGGCUAGCUAAUACCAUUUCAUUAGUUUAUUAAAUACUCAAACAUGGUCAUUCUCCGUGUUGCAUACGUACACUUGAAAAAAGACAAACAAAAAAAAUAAUUUACAAGUGUCACUUGGUUGUCAUGAUUUUACGUGUUAAUCAUUAUCAUAACUAUUAUACCAUAUUAUAUUAUAAUUGUUACACUUCUGUGCGCGAUGCUCUUGCAUCCGUAAAUUAUACUCAAACCUGUAAUAUUAUGUAAUAUUGUGUUAGUGAAAAGCUGAAACCGGACGAGGCGGCGUUAACAGUACGGUUUAGGUGAAAUGUGUUGCCUGAUAAAUGAUUAGCCUUCUGUGUGCUCCCAUGUACGCCUCGGCACGGGUGGACUUUUGUCGAUUAAUCGACGAAGCGUUGCGAAACUAUUAUUAUUUUCUUGGAAUUGAAUCCGUUGGUCUUUCUCCUUGACCAAGGAAGACAAGUCUUUGUUUAGAAUUUUUUUUUUUAUACAUUAGUUGUUCCACUUUUAACAAACUUUGUACUGCCAACCGAGUCAUUUACUAACACGAGUGCCCAACUAUUCCAGAGACUGAACGCGCGAAAAAUGCAAUUUUUAGAACUAAUCAUACACAAUGCCUACUUAAAGGUCAAACCCAAAAGUCUGAUGAAAUGGUUCUUAUAUACGUUUUGCGAUCUAUUUCAAUUUCACCCCGUGCGCAAUCAAGUAACUACGGUGCAUUUAAGAUUUCUCACCGAAAUUUUUUCCCCCACUUCUCGUAUCGUAUACUUACACGUGAUCUUUUGCGGAUUUUUGUACAGUCAAGCCUUUUUUAUUUGUAACUUGUACACCUACCGGUUAAGUGCGAGAACGAAAGUCAUUCUCCCCCUUUUUUUCCCGUUUACCAAAGUUUAAGAUAUACGUAUUGUAACCCAUACACACACAAAAUAGUCAAACGCAUAUACACUGGUCGAGUGUGCUUAUUUUACAUUUUCUCUUUUGCAAACUAAAAAAGCCGCUGUGCUUCUGAUUUGGUCUCGCGCUCACUUGCGUACGUAUCCUUGAGUAUAAUAUAUAAGUACGAGCGUCGAAACAAAAGGGAUCACGUUUUUUGUUGUUUUCUCUUGGGCAAUUGCCAGCGAGAUUUUCCUCUCCUCCCACCUUUUUUUGUUUUGUUUUACCCUCUCAGUGAGGAGAUCAAAGAAACUAUUUACGAAUCACAUGUGUCAUAUCGAACCAACUUGCAGUGUGUAUCAGAGUGAAGAAGAGCAUUUUUAACUUCAGAAAACGCUUUUCGAUCAUAUUUUUGUAUAAGGCUACAAUGUAUUCCCGCCACGCAAACAUAGCGGGUUGCAAUAUAUUUAUAUACGUCCAGUGAGAGAAUGAAAAUCGAAAUGUUUCCUAUAUAAGAUUAUCAUUAAUGUCGUAUGAAGUAUAUACUUAUCAUCGUCACGAAUGAAAAAAAAAAAAAAGAAAAAAAAAAGCAAGCAAACUAAUUUGUCAUUGCAACUCGACAGCUUUCUACAUAUGCCAUAUACAUUCACACACAUAUAUAUUUAUAUGCCCAUCGAGUUGUUUUUCCCAUCCGUUUUUUAUUACUAUUAUUCUGUUUGGUUUAUUCUUUUACCCAAACUUGAUUUUUUUUUUGCACUUAAAUUAUAAACGAUAUUUUGUUUCCUUUACCGAUUUAUAUACAUGCUCUUCUUUUUGUCUCAUCCACCUAUUGUAAUCACGGUUUUUUCGUUUUUUUUUUUAAUGGUAAAUUAUAGACUGUUC